AAGUCAAGUAAGUAACAACCUUAGUAGCACGGUGCAUUGACCAAAUAUUGGUUGAAAAUUUGCCCAAUAUUGGUGGUAUUGGGCCAAUGCACUGUGCUAGUAGGGAAUAAGCCGACUCAAAUUGAUGAUAAAUGUGAAAAAAUGUCUGUUGCAGGAAUGUGGCGCCACGCUGCGUAUUGAUAGACAUAAUAUUAUUAUCUGUUUAAUUAUUGUGCCGCACCCAUGCCCCUAAAUAAUUCGUAGCUCGUUACACGAAAGAUGUCGAAUGAAAAUAAUUAUUAUUGAAAGAUACGCGACACGCAUAAUUAGAACGAAAUUAUAUGUAUAUUGCGCCGUUGGCUAUUUUCGCCCGUCCACAUCUGCCGUCCGUUUAAUAUCCCUUAUGUAAGUGCACGUUAUCAAUCAUUUAGAUGGCACGCGUGAUAACGAAACGAUAAUUAAGCGAUAAUAAUAAUAAUGACGUUAAUACACUUCGCCGAGUUCUGCAAAUUAAGCGAGAAGAAGAGCCGAGAAAUACAGUACAUAACGAAUACCAGAGCUUGGUAUCUUGACUUUUUGUUAUCAAAGGUACAGACGCAAGAUCAUUUUUCAAUGGGUUCAGUGAAGAGAUACAAAAUCCAAGUUACAUUUCCUUGAAUUCCUUCGAUUCAGAUGUAGAUACAAGGUGCACUGAAUGAUUUUUCCGGAGAUAGUAUCUGUAACUAUAUCUUUUAAAAAAAAAAGAUAGCAAGCUCUGGUGAAUACAACAAAUUUGUACGAAACGUAAAACGAAUGCAAAAUUUGCAAUAUUUGUAAAUCGACAAAGCACUUAGCGUUUAUAAAGGAGCCAGUCAGUUCCUCAAUUUUCGAACGGACAUUCAAGAAAGAAGACUUGAGAGGAGAAAUCGAGGGAAUGUAUGAUAGUUUUCGUCUAUUCUAAUUUUCUGGAUUCGGAUGCCGCAACGAGGGUGGUUUUUCAGGAGACACUGACCAAAGCCCAAUUUCCCGAAGCCCUGUAAUCAUACAUUGCACCCGCAUUAUCCCGAUAUUAAGCAAAUGCUGCUGCACCGAGAGCCCGAAUUAAAAUCUUGUCGAGUGUCCUCCAACUCCGAAAUCGAUACCUCGACGCCGCGAUUAACGCACGAUCUCUCUCCCUCUCUCAGUAUCCGCGGACGUGCGUGCUGCACAGAGCGGGAAUCCGAGAGAAAAUGAGAAAGAGGGUGAACGAAGGCGCUCCAAUGGGAUUCGACCGGGCCGGACUCGCCGUCGCUGGAUCGUCCACUGAUCGUCAUUGGGUUGCAUCAUCCCCUGCAUACGUGCGGCACGCGUUUCGCGGGCGAAUCGACGGAUCAAUAUCUCACCCCCACGCGGAGCCGAGCCGAGCGACGUCGCCGAGAGAGAAGAGCGUGCGGCCGCCAAAGUUUUCAAGAACGCCGUUGUGACUCGACGUCGUAUCGCGACGGGUGGCAAGCGAGCGAGAGUACUGCUGCUGAUUCCACCCCGGUGAUACCGCUCGCCGCUCCGCUGGCGGUCCACCCGAACGCGAGUGUCACCCCGCCGAACGCCCGAGCGAGCUCGUGCCUACCGGAUGAGCCUGCCGCGUGACCACCAGCGUCUCGCCAGCAACGUGCCGAGGGACACGACGCGCGCUGGUCAGCACGGAAAAUGAUUCGAAACGUGAUGCGGGAAAUGCAGCGACCGGCGUGUUUCCACACGAGGAAAACGCUGAUAGAGGCGCAUCAGGAAGACACGAAGACCGCGCGUCACAAUCUCGAUCCGAGGAACAGCACGACGAUCGUUGCGAGAACAGUCAGCCAGUAACCUUCCUCGUUUCCUCGAGUAUAUCAGCUCGACACAAUUGUGCAUCGGUGACGUACGAAUGUGCGAUGAGAUCGUCACGAUCACGAUGUUAGAUCAAUCAGGUGCUGCGCCAAAAUACUACCUCUGCUACAUGUACAAAACUACUGAAGAAUUGACCGUAUUAGGGCUACAAUGAGAAGAUAUAGAUACAUUAUUAUAUUAUAAAAGAAUUAUAUAUAUAUAUAUACACAUUCAUCCAAGUAUAUAUGGAAAGGAUAUAUUCUGAUGGAUAAGCGUUUACACACAGUAUUGAUAUAACGUUCUGUAUCAGAAAAGACUCUUCCUUGCUACUCGAGGUCCUCAGAGGUCGAUUGACAUUAUUUGUUAUGGAAGCGUUUAGGGGAAAGGAACGGGAGAGGAUGAUAAUUUAUGCCUAUGAAUUUUCUGGGUGCGCACGUGUAGUAGGAGGAUAAUCGCAUACACACGCAACAAAACACGCAUCGAAAGCUCAAGCUGAAUAGAUUUAAGUUAGAAGCGAGAAUGAAUACGCCAUACGAUGAGAGCUUAAUCUGGAUAGUAGUGGUCGGCUUUAUAGUGGCGUUCGUUCUGGCGUUCGGCAUCGGCGCCAACGAUGUCGCCAAUAGCUUCGGGACGAGCGUCGGCGCCGGGGUGCUCACGAUAUUCCAAGCCUGUGCUCUGGCAACCGUCUUCGAGAUCGCCGGUGCCGUUCUGAUAGGAUACAAGGUCUCCGACACAAUGCGAAAGGGUAUACUGGACGUCUCGUUGUACGAGGGCCACGAGAAGGAGUUGAUGAUAGGAGCGUUAUGCAGUCUAGCCGGGUCCGGUAUCUGGCUACUGCUGGCUACCGCGUUACGACUUCCAAUUUCCGGUACGCAUUCCAUUGUUGGUGCUACAGUUGGAUUUUCGCUCGUGUGCCGGGGUACCGCCGGGGUGAAAUGGAUAGCUCUCGCCAACAUAGCGGCGUCCUGGUUUGCCAGCCCUCUGCUCAGCGGGGUCAUGUCCGCCAGUAUCUUUUGGCUUCUUAGAAAAUCCGUGCUCCAGUCCAACAAGCCGUUUGAACGAGGUCUCCAUAUUCUCCCCAUAGCAUACGGUCUCACCGUUGCUAUCAAUAUUAUGUCAAUUGCGCUUGACGGACCUAAACUACUAAAGAUGGACAAGAUGCCGUGGUGGGUUAGCUUGAUAAUCGCGCUGCUGGCGGGCAAAUUCGCUGCGAUGGUCGUGUACGUGUUCGUGGUGCCACGGCAGAGAGCGAGAAUACUGUUAACGUCGAACGGUAGCGACGAGAAGGCAGCGACAACGGCGGCGACGCACUUUGGCCCCUGCCAAGAGAACAGCGAGACGACGGCGUUGUCGGUGAUCUCGGAGGUUCCCUGCGGCGGCAGCAGCAACGGCAACGCGAAGGCCGAUCUAGCGCCGCAGUUGCGCGGUAACAGCAGCGAGAGCCCGUUGCUGAUGGUCUCCCAGGUGGAAGCGGAGAACGCGCAGAUGGACGGGAUGGUGGACGACGAGGAGCAGCCGGAAGUCUCGAGGCUGUUCUCCUUUCUGCAAGUGCUCACCGCGACGUUCGGCAGCUUCGCGCACGGCGGCAACGACGUCAGUAAUGCGAUCGGGCCGCUGAUCGGGCUCUGGUCGGUAUACGCGGAGGGUUCGGCCCGACAGGAGGCCGAAACGCCCAUACUUAUACUGCUGUACGGUGGCCUAGGUAUCUCCACGGGUUUGUGGGUGUGGGGACGCAGGGUGAUACGGACCUUGGGCCAAGACCUGGCGCGCAUCACUCCCACGACCGGGUUCACCAUAGAGGUGGGUGCCGCGGUGACGGUUCUGCUGGCGAGUAAAGUUGGUCUACCCGUGUCAACGACGCACUGUAAAGUGGGAUCGGUGGUGUGCGUAGGAUGGGCCUCGCGUGGCGGCAAGGGGGUGUCGUGGAAGCUGUUUCGCAAUAUCGCGUUCGCGUGGCUGAUCACCGUGCCGAUGGCCGGCUGCCUGUCCGCCGGCUGCAUGGCCAUUUUCCGCGAGAUAAUUAGUUUGUGAUCCUUUGCAAUCGCGAAGCGCUUUAGACGCAAAAAACCAUCCAACUACUGCUGUUGUCAAUAAGUUCUGAACAAAAUAAAUGGUCGAAAAGAAAA